AUGGCGAGCCUUUCUCUCUGUUCUUCUCUCUCUACAACAUCAACGCUAUCUCAGAACCAUAAAUCCACCGUUCGAGCCUUCAAAACUAAUCUCAAUUUUCUCUCGAGCUCUAAUUCUUCCAUCAGACUCGCCUCACCGAAACAGCCAUUUUUUGUUCCCAAACUUUCACAAACAGAGGCCCCAUCUACUUUGGCUGAGUCUGAAAUUGAGCCCACAACUGAAAUUCAGCCUACUGUUGAAAUUGCAGAAGCAGAGCCUAAACGUGAAGAAGUCUUUGCAGUUGUCAUGGUUGGAUCUCGACAAUAUAUUGUUUUCCCUGGACGUUUUAUAUAUACUCAGAGGCUUAAAGAUGCAAAUGUGAAUGACAAAAUUACCUUGAAUAAAGUAUUACUGGUUGGAACAAAAACAAGCACUUACAUCGGAAAACCAAUUGUACCCAAUGCAACAGUACAUGCUGUUGUUGAAGAACAGGCGUUGGAUAAAAAGGUCAUCGUCUUCAAGUACAAGAAGAAAAAGAACUACAGAAGGAACAUUGGUCACAGACAGCCAAUUACACGUAUAAGAAUAACGAGCAUCACGGGCUACCAAGAUUCACCUGCUGUCACCCUUCCGUAG